CCUUCUUACUUUUUAAAUCAUAAAUAAAUUUAAUUAGAAAUGCCUCUUAGUCCUUUAAAAAUUAAAACCAACGUUGUUAAGAGAAUUUACAAGGAACAUCUCGGUUAUCUUAAAGAAGCCGAAACUCAACAAAAACGUAUUGAUAAACUCAUUGCAGAAGGAGCUGAUGAGGCCGAUGUUAGAAAGCAGAAAGAGGUUCUUGCAGAGACACAACAAAUGAUUCCUGAUGUUAAGAAAAGACUUGCUAAUGCUUAUCAAGAUUUACAAAAUCAACUAGAAAACUUUGAAAAUGCUGCUGUUGAUGAAAUACAAGAAGCACAGACUGUUAUUUCUCAAAUUUCAAUUAUUGAAUAAUAAUAAUAAUAAAAAUACCAUUGAUAUUCC